CCCUCACCAGCCUUUCACUUUCCAAAGUUGGUAAGAAGGAACAUCUCUCUCUCUUUGGUCUAAGUUUCACGACUGAAGGGGAAAAACAAAAAAAACAGAACAUGCAGAAGCUGAAACAUGGUAUUUUGUUUAUGUUGUUUUCCCCUUCUGAACCUCCAAAGUUACUUAAUUUUUACACUUACAACACCCAAAAGGCAAAAAACAAUUGAGAGAGAGAGAGAGAAUUGUUGUUAUUGUUUUUCAUGGAGUUGAGCUUUGAAGUGGAAGCUGUGAGAGAGUUUUUGAGGAAGAAUGGAUUGAAAGAAGCUGAGAAAGCUCUUGAGGAAGAUAUGAUGGAGAAAAAUGAACAAGAAGAAGAAGAAGAAGCAGUGGGUGCUUUUGAUUUUGAGAAGUUCUUGUUCCCCAUGCCGCCGCCGGUGAGGAUUCCGGCGACCCUCCGGAGAUCGGAGGUCGAUGAGAAAGUCAAGUCCAGUGAUGGGUCGGAUUCUGAUAGUGAUGAAUUUGUCAGCUUGAUGUCUUCUACUAGUGAUGUUGGCUCUUCAGACUUUGUGAAUCCAUAUGGGCUUCCUUCUGCAUCUCAGGCUGAUUCUGAUACUUCGUCAGAUAGAUUAUCUCAAUUCGGAACAGCACGCAAUUAUCCUGAUUUUGACAUGCAGAAUGACUUGGAUUGGUAUGAUGAGAAAGAUGAAGACCACUUCAUGACUCCAUGCUUUGCUGGAUCAGGCAUCUAUGGCUGUCCAAGUCAGGAUAAGUUUGUCACAACUUCAGAGACAGAAAAGCAACAUGAUAAUGCACUGAGUUCGCAUAAAAAAUCUGAAGGAUUUCAAACAGAUAUGACCUUCAUAAAUGGGGAAAAUGAGGUUCAAGUGAUGGAUUAUUAUCAUUUUGAUAAAUUUAAAGGGCUUGAAGCAGAAAUUGAUCGGGAGUUGAAGAACUGUGCCUAUGGUUGUUCACUUCCCCUUUACAAAAGUUUUGAGGGACCAGAUCUUUAUGAUGAAAAUCCUGUGAACUUUAGCUAUGUGGGCUCCAAAGAAACUGAUUUGGAUGAUCUUCAGUUACAGGCUGAUGGAGACAUUAAUGCAGAUUGUAAUAUAGCUUCAGAGCAUAAAUCUAACAAGUAUCUUUACUCAGCCAAAAGGGGUUCCAAUGAUUGGAUUAAUGGGUUUAAAAGUGAUUCUGACUUGGUGCACAAGAUUGCCGAGAAAGACUUGUUGCCCACUACAAUUGAUAGUUAUGGAGGUGAAGAUGAGGAAGACAAUGUAGAACUUUGUGAAUCUCAGGCUUCUCCAGAUGAAGAGGGUGAUGCUACGGAUGAACCUCUGAUGUACUCUAAUGUGGAUGAAUAUGAAGUAUUUGAUUUGCGAAUCAUUCAUAGGAAAAACAGGACUGGAUUUGAAGAAAACAAGGACCUGCCUAUAGUGCUAAACACUGUCAUUGCUGGAAGAUAUUAUGUAACAGAAUACAUAGGUUCAGCUGCUUUUAGUAAGGUUGUUCAAGCACAUGAUCUUCUCAUGGGAAUAGAUGUUUGCCUGAAGAUCAUUAAAAAUGAUAAAGAUUUUUUCGACCAGAGCUUGGAUGAGAUUAAACUUCUAAAGCUUGUUAAUAAGUAUGACCCCAGAGAUGAGCACCACAUUCUGCGUCUCUAUGACUACUUCUAUCACCAGGAGCAUCUGUUCAUCGUUUGUGAACUCCUUCAAGCAAACUUGUAUGAAUUUCAGAAAUUCAAUCAAGAAUCUGGUGGAGAAGCCUAUUUUACCCUCAGCAGGCUGCAGCUUAUAACUCGUCAGUGUUUGGAGGCACUCGAAUACUUACAUGAUUUGGGAAUUAUUCACUGUGAUCUAAAGCCUGAGAAUAUUCUCAUCAAAAGUUAUAGAAGAUGUGAGAUAAAGAUUAUUGAUCUUGGAAGCAGUUGCUUUGUAACUGACAAUCUGUGCCUAUAUGUUCAAUCUCGUUCCUAUCGAGCUCCAGAAGUCAUCCUUGGCCUCCCAUAUGACCAGAAGAUUGACCUGUGGUCUCUUGGAUGUAUCCUUGCCGAGCUAUGCUCUGGGGAAGUGCUGUUUCCAAAUGAUGCAGUCGUAAUGAUCCUCGCACGGAUGGUUGGAAUGCUAGGUCCUAUCGAUAUGGAGAUGUUGGAGGAUGGGCAAGAGACAGACAAGUAUUUUACAAAAGAAUAUGAUCUGUACCAUAUAAAUGAGGAGACAAACCAAUUAGAAUACAUUAUUUCUGAGGAGACUUCACUGGAGCAUCAGCUUCAGGUUUCUGAUGUUGGAUUUAUUGAUUUUGUUAGACAUUUGCUUCAAAUGAAUCCUCAAAGGCGCCCAACUGCUAGGGAGGCAUUAGAACAUCCAUGGCUUUCUUACUCAUACUAAACCAAAACUCCCUAAUUGCAGGAGGAACAACCUUUUCUCAUGAUCAACUCAUUUUUCCACUUCUUUAUCUUCAUCGGAGUUGAUACUUGCUCGAUUAACUGUUCGUAACUUCAUUCGACAAACCUCGAAAAAAACCAAAGACAGUUGUAUUUCUCCUUCACCAUAGAGCUUCGUGAUAUUAUGGUUUCACUUGCCUGCAAAUAACAGAUGCAUCGCUGCCUUUUCAUUAAGUAACAAUAGUGAUCUAUUUCAUCGGCUGUUAGCUAUAGUUUUCAUGAAUAGUUGUUGUAGUAACUGUUCCGAGGUGCGUAUGGUUUCAACAUCCACCGGAAACAUCUCGGAAAGCAGUAGAAAAAGAGGCUUGUGAAGUUGUGAUUGUCACAUUCAUGGAGCAAACAAGUAGUGCUUGUGAAUGUCUGUCUGGUCAUGCAAAGGAGGGCUAGCUUUGCAUGUGGAAAUUUCAGUUCUUCUUAAUGGACCUCAUGUGAAAACUGAGUCUCUUCCAGCGGCAUGUCUUGUGGAUAACAAGGUUCAGACAGUUUAGUUUUGUCAACCCAAAACCAGGUUCUGUCGUUGAAAUGAAUCUCAUUGAAGCAAAGUGAAAACCAAUGAAAGUUCAAAGUCUCUUGUUCAUUGUGUCUUUAGGUUAAGCAAAGCUUCAGUUUCCAAGAACUAGAUUUGCUUAAUAAUGGGUGUCAAUACAAAUAAGCAAAGCAUCAGUCUCUUCUUCAUCACUUUCUCUUUGUUCUUCAAGUCUUUUAUACCACCACUUUCUCCUCUAGCGCGUGCGUCCCACCCAUACUUCAUGGCCAUUUUAUUCUUUAGAUAAAUAGAUUUUCUUUUUCAAUUUUCACCAUUGAAUGUUACUAUAUUCUAAACUUUUAAUUUUCUUGAAUGUAUAUACCAACAAUAU